AAACGCGAUAUUCACUACGGGAAACACAACUGCGUCAAUUGUGAACAACUCGACGGGUAAUUUAUUUAAUAGAUCAAAAUGACGACUGAAGCAAAAACCGAUCAAACUGCCAGCAAAGUGCCCGACUGGGUACAAGCCGAUCUAUUUGUGGAUGUGUUGAAGGAAUCGGUUAAGGGAUUCUCCAAGAUCAAGAGCUUCAAGGCCGCAGGCGGAACGGCUGCAGGAGAAAACUAUGCGACGGUCAUGUUGCGUGUCAGUAUUGAAGUCGAACUGGAGGAUGGCAAGGAAAAGUCAGUUUCGUAUAUGCUUAAACUGCCUCAUGAUCUGGAGAUGUACAAAAAGAUGAUGGAGAGCAACAAUAUCUUUGAGGCAGAGUUCAAUAUGUACAAAACAGUUGUGCCUGAGUUGGAGCAAAUCUAUCGUGAUGCUGGUGUGGAAGUUAAAUUCGGAGCCACUGCCUAUGAGUUGAAGGGGGCGAAAUCUGAUUAUAUACUGCUGGAGGAUCUGGCACCCAAAGGUUUCAAAACCACCAACCGCUUAGAGGGAUUGGAUCAGGCACACACUGAAGUUGCCCUGCGAAAACUGUCGAUGUGGCAUGCCGCCUCUGCGGUGCGUGUGGCCACUAAGGGUUCCUAUCCAGACCAGUUGACCAUUGGGUUCUACAAGGAAGAACUGCGUCCAAUGAUGAUUGAAAUGAAUAACAAUAUAGCAGGGAACUUCCUUAAAUACUGUAAGUUGUACGAGGGCAACGAGGAGUAUAUUGACCGAGUUAAAGAGAUGAUGCCAGAGAUCACCGAUCAAGAAUUCAAAAUGACUAAAAUAGAUCCAAAUGAUUUUAAUGUACUGAACCAUGGUGAUUUUUGGAGCAAUAAUAUGAUGUACUCUCAUGAUUCAUUUGGCAAAAUCAAUGAAAUCCGUCUGGUGGACUUUCAAAUACCUAAAUUUGGCACAGUAGCUCAGGAUUUGUAUUAUUUACUAUUGUCAUCUACAAAACUCGAGGAUAAGCUGACUAAAUUCGAUUAUUACAUCAAAAUGUAUCAUGAAUGCCUAUUGGAAAAUCUGAAGAUUCUGAAUUAUUCAAAACAUGUGCCUACACUCCGGGAAAUUCACUCAACGCUCUUUAAAUAUGGCUUCUGGGGUUACCUGACUGCAACAAGUGUGAUGAGUGCCGUUUUGGUUGAUCCUACGGAAACUGCCAGCUUUGAGAAUUUUCACAGCGAUUCCACAGAAGGCAACGAUUUUAAAAUGUUGCUCUACUCCAAUCCACGCUAUCGAAAACAUAUCCAAAUCGUUAUGCCUUGGUUGCUGAAUCGUGGAGCCUUUGAUGAACUAGAAAGAUAGGAAAUGUAUAAUUUAUAAACAUAUGCCAGACAGUCGGCAAAUGUUUAUUUAUUUCAGCACUAUCAAUUCUAGUGAGUCAUAGGGGAAAUUAGGCUGCAACCAAAUAGUGCAUCGUGCAUUGAACUCGGAACGGCAUCGUAAUGAAAAAAAAGAAAAAUAGUCGAAGUCAACAAUUUUAUUGAUAAUAUUCGCGGAAAAGCGUAAGUCUGCAGAGCGCUGUUGGCUCUAU